AUGCAGAGAUCUCUACCGAGGCUUGUUCGGCAAGGAAAUCUGCUUAGCGGAAUAUUUUCUCGUAGCAAAGAGACGACCCCACAAUUGACAAAAGAAGAACAGGUUUUUUUUAUUUUAUUGGUAUCUUAAUUGAUUUUGACGAGAUCGUGCUUUCAACAAGUUUUUUUUAUCAUAGAUUUUCAGAGCAAGCUUCGUGAGGCUUUGCCGACUCUCCGCUCUGCAGAAACCUCGAAGGCAACUAGCAGUGGACAGGAAGUUUAUUUCAAUCCAGAUGACCUGCUGGAAAGUCGAGUGGAUGCAGACUCCAUCAGAGCGCGAGGGUGAGAUUCAACAACAGUUUUUUUUUUCCAUUUCCCCUCGAUGUAAAUAUCAUUUUUAAUGGGUCGAACUUUAACAAAUACAGCGAGUUUUUUUGCAGUUUUUUGAAACAUCGCCAUAAUUACACACCGAGCCUUGACGUGCAGGAGAAGGUAGAAAAUGCUGCGAAGUCAAUUUUGUCCGCGGCGAAAAUAAAAACGGAAGAUGUGUUAGAAUACAAGUUUGAAGAUGGGAAGAACGAAGUGAAGUUUGAGGUUGGGAACACGAUAUUUCUCUCUUGAUCCUUAAUUUUCAGUUGCUUACCAAGUUAGGCCGGCUUUUCAACCACUGGCCAGGGAACGCUAAAUUGCUUCAUUUCGAAACUGUCAAGGACGUCGUCGACUUUUAUUCAACUCCUGUUCAAAAUAUCACAAGCUAUUCACAGUAGGCAUUGCUCAUCUGAAGCUCUUUGCAAAAUGAUAUUCGCCAGAAUGGCUCGGAGUGAGAAUAAGCCGAAGAAUGUGCAUAUUCUAGAACAGGCCGUUCGUUUCAACCCAGAAGACACGGAAAUGUAUCACGGAGGUGAGUUUUCGAUUUAAAAAAGUUUGAGCACGAGAAAAGUUAAAAAACCCUUUGAGAUCUUUCAAAAAUUCUUUUCAAGUUCCUAAAAAAAGUGGUUAAAAUGUAUUCUAAGCUCUUUUUUGCGAUCGGAUCUUUGUUGCGGCUUUUUCCCCGUUUUCUGAGGCACUUGUUUCCGCUUUUUUUCUAACCUUUUUUUCUCUUUAGUAGGGCUUUUUUAAGACAAGGUCGUAGAAAAAGGGGCUAGGAAACCAUUUACGAUUUCUUUUUUUUUCUCUAAAAACUUGUUUUUCAAGUCUUCGUGGACUUGCCUAUGUAGAAAAAAAUUCAAAAAGAGGUUUUUUUUUUCAAUUGUGUAAGACUGAGAAAAAGGUUUAAAAAAUUAUUGCUAGUGGGCUGAAAUCGAGCUACAAAUUCACAUUUAGGUUUGAAUUAUAUUUAGUCUUGAAUGAAGCUUGUUCUUCUUAUGAAAUCUGCUACAUAUAUAAUAAUUUUAAGGUGUUACUGCUUUCCCUGGAACCGGAGGCGAGGUGUUUUCUUUGCGACAAAAACGAUUAUUAAGACAGUUCAGACCAAAAAAGGAUUGGUUUGAUUACGAAGAUCAGGUAGGACUUUCUAAGAAGUUUUCUUGAUGUUUUUCUUAUUUUACAGACGUUCGAAUAUUCGAAAGUGGACAAAGACAUGCCGUGGGAUCCCGAAGUUGCCCGCCAGAUGGACAGGUUUUUUUUUCUCUUCUCCUUCAAAACAUCUAAUUUUCCGAAUGUCCAUCAAGAAUUGUAAUUGGUUGUUCAGAGCUAGGAAGAUAUAGAAAAAGUUUUGAUCUUUUUUCUCGCAUCCUUUAGGAAAUCCAGAUAGUUUCCUAUAGGGGCAACCACAGGGGCCCGUGGAGGGUCCAGUGACCACUUUACCAACCCCUAUAGGGGCCACUAGAGCUAGCAAAAUUGGUCCCUAUUGGGGACGUGGUAAUCGAUGAUUUUUUAUGAACUUUAUACGAAGAAGCAUCUCCAUGCGAAAAACUAAAAAAGUAAAUCUUUUGAAUAAAAUUGGGCAUCCCCUCUAGGGACCACUCAAGCUUUAGGGGCUGAGGAGUCAGGCUCUAAACACCUACAGGAACCAUUUUGAUUUUAUCCUUCUAGGCUCCAUUUUUAAGGCCUCUAAACCCUAUAGGAACCACUCUGAAAUUUCCAACCAGGUGAUUUUUCUGACUUUUUUUUACAGGUACCCUGACAAGCGCUAUAAUCUACAGACGAAAAAGUUCACACGGAUCCGGAAUUGA